GUUUCCCUGGGUGCAGAUCCGAUCUCUGCUUUUGUAGCUACAAGCGAAUGGUAUGCCAAUCGGAGAGCUGCGAUCACGUUGCUGGGCUAUAAAAGCGCAUCCAAAUGGGAUUAGUUAUGUUUGUGGAGAGAGAGAAGUUGACGAUGAUGAUGAUGCUGCAACGGACCUGUCUGACCAUGCUGCUGCUGACGCUGCUUACCCUGGCCCAAGCCGACGACCAGAAGGAGGAGGACACAGCCAUGUCACUCAGCGAGGUGGUCGAAAUGGUUGAGCCCUUUGGCAAUGGCUGUGAGCCCAAGCCGGAGCGCAGCCACAUUGAGGAGAUGGUGCUGAACAAGGAGGAUGCCUCGCACGAGAGCAAAUGCUUCCGUCGCUGCAUGCUGAAACAGUUCGAAAUAAUGGGCGAGGGCCAGAUGCAGUUCGAUGAGGCGAAGACCGUCGACAUGAUGAACAUGAUGUUCCCCGAUAAGGAGGCCAAUUCCAAAGCGAUUGCAGCCAAGUGCAAUCAGGCACCCAACGGCAUCACUGACGAGUGCGAGGUGUGCCACGCCAUAUCGAUGUGCAUGCUGCGGGAAAUGCGCGCCGCCUCCUACAAGAUUCCCGAAGUCAAGGAGUAGAAUGCCUCCACGUUCCAUUUAACAAUUUGGCCGAUAUUUUUUUUUUUGUGAUUUGUAUUUGUAUAUUUUUUUUUAUUCCCUACAUUCGUUUAUAGAGCUGGAGAUCCUGGUUCCUGGACAUGCACAGACAAAUAAAGCGAGCAGCCAUUAGCAGCA